AUGUCACCUACACUAUCUGCGGGACUCCACACUUCCUGCGGGAUUGCUGUUGCGGCUGUUGUUCUUGUCGCCACAAUCUGGAGACACGUCAAUAAUCCACUAUACCAUUUUCCAGGACCGAGGACAGCAGCUUGGAGCAAUCUCCUGCAUUCGUGGACGUUUCUCGGUGGACAUCAGCCGCGUGACAUACUUGCGCUUCAUGAGAAGUAUGGCCCGGUGGUUCGGACUUCACCAAAUGAGCUCUCUUUCAACAGUGCGCAAUCCUGGAAAGACAUCUACGGCUUCCGCCCGGGACACAGGACUUUCAUCAAAAGCAUAUUUUACGAUGGCGGAUCCUUUGCUGACCAAGCGCACUCAAUCGUCAGCGAGCGCGAUCCCGUAGUACACGGCAAGAUGCGGAAGCACUUGUCGCACGCAUUUUCAGACCGAAGUCUGACGGCGCAGGAAGACCUGAUUUCUGAGAUGAUUGACCUUUUCAUAUCUCAAAUGGAGAAAUUGGGUGGUGAUCCCGAAGGUCUCAACAUAGUCAAAUGGUUUAACUUGUUAACUUUCGACAUCAUUGGAAGCCUCGCAUUCGGUCAGCCUUUUGGUGGUCUGGAAAGCGCAAAGUUCCACCCGUGGAUUGAUCUCGUGACGAAUGCCUUGCAACAAGGAGCAUUAGCAGAUUUCAUGCUGCGGUUUCCAUUCAUGGCUCUAGUCAUGAAGAAGCUUUUGCCUGGGACCAUCAAGAAGCUAGUGCAGGAUACUCGCACUCACGAGGCGUACACGAUGAACCUUGUCCAGAAACGUCUGAGCCGGCAAACCGAAAGACCAGAUUUCCUGACCCGCAUGCUUGAGCGUGGCGAAGAAGGAGAGCUGUCCGAUAUUCAGAUCGCAGCGCACUCUUCGGAUUUUGUGACUGCAGGGAGCGAGACGACAGCCACUACGCUUGCGUGCGUAUCGUACUAUCUGAUGCGUAACCCUCCGGUGCUCGAGAAACUGCAGCGAGAGAUCAGAUCAGCGUUUAACUCAUAUGACGAGAUUGACGCUAAGCGUACGGCUCAGCUGCCGUAUCUCAACGCUGUUUGCCUGGAGGGCAUGAGAUUAUAUGCUCCACUCCCACUCGGGUUACCCCGGGUGGUACCCGAAGGAGGCGAUACGGUCGAUGGAUACUUCCUCCCUGCCGGGGUCAUCGUAUCGACCAAUCCGAUUGCAGCAGGCCAGUCGUCGGCCAAUUUCAAGGAGCCUCUCGAGUUCAAGCCUGAGAGAUGGUUGGUCCCGGACAACAAAGAUAUCCUGGACGCUUCCCAGCCGUUCUCCCUCGGAGCUAGAGGUUGUCUUGGAAGGAACUUGGCUUGGAUGGAGAUGAACACGAUCCUAUCCAAGCUGCACUGGAAAUUCGAUUUAGAGUUGCUCAAUACGGAUGUCGACUGGCAGCGCGAUAGCAGAAUGUAUACGUUGUGGAAGAAGCCAGAACUUCGUGUCAAGGUCAUGCCUCGAGGUGCUUAG